AUGCUUCAACGGCAAUCAGUUCAAUGGCGGAAAGCCAUCCGGCUGAAAACCUUUUUUGUGCAGACGAGGUUUAUCUCAUUUGACAAGCAAAGGCCUCCUCCAUGGCGACCAGGCUCUGUCCUGGAUGAAUGGGUUGAACGUGAAGUGAGACCGAUCAGUUUACGCCAGUUGACUUUUUUUGGUCGCACAAUAACCGAGUCUCGAUUGAUUAGCUCUGCAAACUAUGUGCGAACAGAGCUUCCCACCAGAAUCGCUCACCGUCUUCGAGACAUGCAGAAGCUUCCUUACGUUGUUGUCACCAAUCCGCACCUAUCCCUCGUUUAUGAACUUUACUACAAGGCCUUCGAGAAGUUCCGCGGUGUUCCUGAAAUCAGAACCUUGGAAGACAAUGACAAAUACUGCGAUAUUCUACGAUCCACACUUAGGGAACAUUUAACGGUAAUACCAAAUCUUGCAAUGGGUGUAUUGGAGUGCCAGAACCUGUUGAACCCGGAAGAAAUGGACCGAUUCAUGAAUACUUUGUUGCGUGCGCGGAUUUCUCGUCGAGUUAUCGCAGAACAACAUCUAGCACUCACAGAUACAUUCAAUUCCCCUUGGCAUUUUCCGGAUUCAAAGGAUCGGACAGACCUGAACUCGGAUUUCGUGGGAGAGGUAUUCCUGAGAUGCAAUGCGAAGGAGGUCGUUGAAAAUUGCGGCAAACGCGCGACAACGCUAUUGAAGCAGGCACUUGGACCUGACUGUCGGGUUCCUGAUGUGGUUGUUCAGGGUCACAUGGGAGCAACAUUUCCUUAUAUCCUAAGUCACUUGGAGUAUAUUAUCGGGGAAUUACUACGGAAUUGCUUCCAAGCAGUUAUCGAGAGAUUCGGCGGCAAGUCCGAAAUGCCUCCUCCAAUUGAGGUUUUGAUCUGUGAGGCUCCACAACAUGUCAUCAUUCGGGUUUCUGAUCAAGGGGGAGGCAUAUCUAGAGAAGCUUUCCCGUACCUAUGGUCAUUCUGCAAGGGACCCCAUACUCAAGCCCGCCUUCACAACCUGCAGCAAGUACCUACCAUGGCGGCGACAAUGCAAGAAGUGAAAGUUUCUGGCACGAAAUCGGAUGAGCAGGGCGAAUCCCAUACCUGCUACUACACUGCAAAUGGACAUCCGCACAGAGACAGUUCACUGGCAUCUCUUAGUUCGCGCCCUCCAAAUUUGCGGCUUGGGAUGGGUCUGCCUAUGAGUAGGGUUUAUGCAGAAUAUUGGGCUGGCAGUUUGGAGCUGCAUAGCCUGGAAGGGUAUGGCGUCGAUGCGUUCCUACAGAUAUCAAAACUUGGGAAUAAAAAUGAGCAGGUGACCACAAGAGCUUCGAUAGAUGCAGUGUGA